UAUUGGUCAGGUGAUGCCUACUGACGCAGGUGAUUCAUCAAAAAAUUGAUAAGAAAAUCGUAUAUAUAUAGCUAAAUUUUGUAGAAAAAAAAUCACUACUUGGUUGGUAAUCAACGUGUUUGUACUUGAAAAUUUAAAAUUUGAUUUUUAAGUCUGUUCCAAGUUAUUGCUUGACAAGUGUUAAUUUUAUCGUCUCAAAAUGAGAUUACUAAUUAUCUCACUUGCCAUUUUUGUGGUUUGUUUUGGACUGUUUGGCUGUACCAAUGCAAGGAGCUCGAGUAAUCGUAAAAAAAAAUGUGAAUGUCCAUGCAGAACAAAAACACCGAUUAAGACACCAAAUUUUUUUUUCGUAACAUCGCAAAAAAUUUCAACGAUUCAACAUUUUACAAAUGAGCGAAUUAUAUCAAACAGGGAAAUUACGAAUCGUCCACAAUCUAACUUUAAAAGUUAUGAUUCACUUGAUACAAUGACUUAUAAUUGUGCAAAUAAUAAUAUUUAUAUGUUGAAAUACAACUCUUCAAAUGUCUCGAAAAAAACGCUUGAUGUAAUACAAUUUGAUGGAAAAAACAAAUUUGAAAGAAUUAAUCAAAUUGAGAAUAUGUUUGAUAAUGCAACAUCAAUUGCAUCAGAUUAUAUGAGAGACAAAAUAUAUUGGACUGUAAAUAAUGAUGGAAAUUAUUCAAUAAAAGUAACAGAUAAUUCAUUCAAAGAAUCGAAUUACAUUAUUUAUCCUAAUAAUAAAAUUCGUAUGGAAAAAAUUCAAGUUUAUCCAAAGCGAUCAGAAAUAUUUUUUUCUGAAGAUAAUAAAAUCUGGUAUACUUCUAAUUUACCUAAUAGUACUCCAAAUUUAUUACUAACCUGCACUCAUACGUUAAUUGAUUUUGCCAUUGAUUAUGCAACAAAUGAUUUGUGCUGGCUUGAAAAUCAUUCAGAUCCGAUUUAUUUUAUGUAUUAUUGUGUUAAUAUUGAUGCUUCUCCUCGACCAAUAGAUAAACCUAUGUCUAAAUUUUAUAGAUUAGGAGAAAUUUUUGGAAAUUUAGAAGCAUUUAAUAAUACAUUAUAUUGGACCGAAAACAUAGGCCCAAGACAACUAUUAUAUGCCAAGGAUGAACAUAAAACUUGGCCUGUUCUAUUAGCCACUUUGAAAAAUGACGAAGUACAAUCGUUUGUUUCAUUGAACUGUCCAUCUAUUUAAAAAAUGUUGCUCCUGUUUCAACUGCCUAAAAGGAGCCAGACAAAAAAUAAUAAUCCAAAGGGAAUUUUUUAUCUUGGCUUAGAAAUAUUUCUACAAUAAUUACUCAUUUUUUUAUCAACACCAUGGAUUU